GUCAGUAAGAUUUCAGCAAGGCUGAAGCCGAAUUACAAGCUUCGAGCCUUGCAGGAGAAGGCUUCCCAAAUAAAUACAAACACAUCAGGCACAACCACGACAAACGCAUUCAAACCAUCACACACAUUCUUAUUCAAUGGCGCCACUACGUAGGUAUUUGCGUAUCAGCAAAUAUUCUGUUCUCGAAUGUCGCAUCUAUGUCGACAAUCCAGCUUUGGCAGAAAGUUGGCUACUCAAUCCAAGAAACCCAGUCUUGCCCCGAGUCAUCGAGAAGGUGCGUCCACUGGUUCUGCCAAAAUUGCGCGAGGAGCAGGAAAGGAGCAAGUCGAAAGGGAAGAAGAAAGGCGUGAAGGAUGUCGUUAGUGAUGAGGACUUCGAAGUAUCGAUAUUUCUGACGGAAACCAGUACACGGCAUUCUAUCAUUUUCAAACACAAACAUUUUCGAGAUAGAAACAAGAAAGCUCUACAGUCGAAUUCCGACAAACUGACUGGCAAUACGAACGAUGCGCCAAUUGAAGUGGCUGAUGGCCCAGCGAUUGUGAGAGAGGCAAGCGAAGAGUCGUUUUCUCUACAAGACAUACCUGAAGUAGGAAAUGAUUCGGAUUUGUUUGUUAGUGAAGAUGAAGGGCCUCGCGGAUCAAAACGUUCAAGAAUUGGGCGGGAUUCUACAGACUCUGAUUUUGGUCCUCUAGCGAAACGUCGGAAAGAUGGAGAAAUAUCAGAGGAUGAUGAUGACGACAAAAAGAAGAUGGCAAUGGAUACUUCUUACGAUGGAUUUUCAGUGAAUGGUCGCGUGCUAUGUUUGGUCGUCAAACGGAAAGACAAAAAGGGCAAAGCUCCAGCCGCCAGUGGAGGUCAAGCAAUGAUGGAGGACUGGAUCACGUCUACGCAGAUGCCACCACAGCUAGAGGAUGUAUGAGAUCCAGACUUCCCAAUUAUAUCUCCUCGCAUAGAACAUCCAAUGAAAGGCAGCUUCGGAGAACUCCACGACUGUAGAUAGACACAGCCGCAUCUCCAGACAAACCAGUGGUCUUGGCGAUGUUUACACAGUAAUCAGAGGAUAGAUGGAGAACGGACUUCCAAUUAAACUUUUCAUUUCAGGGAUAACAUAGUCUUUUGAUAUUUAAACUUUUCAAGAGGAUAAAAAGUUAAAAUGUCCGCCUGUCA